AUGUCAAUCAACGUACCUGGAAUCGACACUGCGGACCUUCGCCGUUAUAUCAACCUCGAUCUACCUUUCGGGAACCAUGCCCCCGUCGUCCCCGCUGCCGCUGCCCCCUUCCCCGCUGGCCCUCUCCCCGCUCUCCCUGCUCACCCUCUCCCAGCUGAUAAUAAUGCCCCGGCUGUAGUUGCUGCUCCUGUCGUAGAGCAACCCGUCCCUUCGUGGCCAAGGAACCCCAAGCCCAUAAUUGGUGGUCACCAACCUCUGACCAUCUGGCCGGAGACCAGCAACAAAGAUCCCACCCUGAACUACGUAGAGGGCAAAUACGAGUUUGUUCGUGGAGGGGACGAUGUUGUGGGUUCCCGAGCUUGGCUGCAAAAGCACCAUCCAGGAGCCCGUGAGGGCACUGCCUGGUUUUUGGUCAGUUUGUUGGGGCGGAACGGUUGGACCAACAACAGGGUCAUUGUUGACGCAUACACAAGAAUGUUUACAACGUGUGUCAAAAGGUUUGGAGGGGUUGUGGCGGGAAGCGACAGCUAUGUCGAGCAGUGGGUGAGUGCGGAGGCUCUUGUCCGCCAGACUUUGUCCAAGACCCAAUACAAUGACUUGUUCAUCAAGGAGGAUGAUGCAAGUAUUGUUGGGGAUGAGGAAAGGCAGGGUGAGUGUCUCUGGCGUCUUAGACAGCCUGGAGACCCCGCUAAGCCAAACUCGAAAAAGGGCAAAAGAGGCCCUAGAACGCGUGGAGAUGGCGAUGGGGAUGGUGACGGGGAUGGUCCCGCUGGUGACCCAAAUUCCGCUCACGAAAAGCGCGAUGGUGGGCCAGAAGACCGACCCGCUGCCAAGAAGCGUAAGGGCCCCUUAACUGGCGGAUAA